CUAGCUAGUUGAAAAACACACCGUUGAUUAUCCGGAUUAAUGUUAGAACUAAGGCGUACUUCACAUACUUUACGAAGGCGAGCGCAUAUAAAAGCAAUCAAACAAUUUAGGGAAGUGCAUAGUUUUUUAAGUCGUGAAUUUUCAUCUCUCGUCCACGAAAAAAAUUUUUUCAUGUAUUCUGUACGGCUUUUGGGUCUACUCGCAGUGGGCCUCUUCGCAGCCGACGGAUUUCGGUUCAGUUUUGAGCCGAAGUGCGGCAAAAUUACUAAUCCAUUAUGCAGCCGUGUACUCCCGUACAACUUAACGCGUUUUCCAAACAUAUUUGGUCAUCAAAGCGAAUUUAUAGCCAACAGAGCCAUUCAGCUAUUUAGCCCUCUGGUGAAGCAAGCGAACUGCUCCAAACACGCCGAGUUUUUCCUUUGCUCCUUCUAUCUGCCGAUAUGCUUGCCAGGAAUCGAAGAAGAGAACGUAAUAAGGCCCUGCCGUUCCUUGUGCGAGCGAAUCAAGGCGGACUGUUCAGCCGUAAUACAGUACUGGCCGAGCUUUGUGAAAUGCGAAGAACUACCUCAGUUCAAAGAUAGUGUGUGUAUUCAGCCGGAAUCUUUUAUUGCUGAGCCAAAACCAACAAGUAAGUGAUUAUGAGAUUCGUUUUGUAUUUCAAGCGCGGUUUAUGUACUGAUCACAAUGCCUUUCAGUAAGGGCCAAUUUGUGGCUUUGAUAUCAGAGAUAACUAAUUACGUUGAAGAGCAUUAGCGCGCAAGUUACCCGCUAGGUAGACUUAAAUGAUGCUCUCUCCAUUUCUCCGCAAGAAAACAGGUCGAAGAGUUGUGAUAAAGCACUUCAAGAUCUUAAAAGCUGUCUUACAGAGGCUGCUUGCGAUGGCUGCUGAUCGUAAGACAGAUAUUUUCAACAAGACAGCUUCCUGAAAUAAUGAAGAAAUGCGAAGUUACUGGUGUGUACUAGCGACGUGGCCGAGAGUGAAUUUUUGCCGAAGAAUCGACUAUCAUCAUUUUCAAGACCUAUUUGUCGUAAUUUUUAGGGAAAUUAACACUAAGUUAACGAUGAUAAGACAAUUUUCAUGGCACUUAGCAGGAAAAUUUGAACUAAAAGUUAUUUUCGUUGGUUUUCAUGAUCGUGAAGACAUUUUGUGUGAAGUCGGUUAACGGGUGAAGAGUGGGUGUAAACAACACAGCGGUGAGCGAUACCACUAUUUCAUAGAGUCAAAGUGUGCUACCAUUCUUUCUCCUGAAGCUCGAGUGUUUAUUUGGAAUCAGUGAACAAAAGCAAUAGCUCUCGUACAUCUUACACUGGGAUUGAAAUGAUUCAUCGUUUCUAAUUUUUGGAAAAUUAAACUCUUCUUCAUUUAUUAUUCGUAAAGAAAACAAAGUUUCUCUCGAUCAUUCUCUCGCGAGAACAACUUCAAAAGAUCACGUCGAAAAUCUGACUCAAAACUCCAUUGAAAAUCUCAGAGACAAAUGUUUUAAUUUCCAUUACUGAGAUAAGCGCUAUCAGAUACGAUAAGAUGAGAUCCUUCAGCAAGUAUCUUUGAAAUUUAAAACAGGAGAUUUCAAUGUGUGCGUCUGCUCAUUAAGAGGCCUGAGACACCCACUUCAUUACAAGAUUUAUCCCACGGAUGUUGGCAAAUUGAUUGGUGGUACUUAAUGAAUGAAUACGCUGAAAUAAUUUCCUGAAUGUACAGCCCACCUUGCGAAUUUCUUAUCCGGCUCAUCCGGAAUGUUUGUUUUGGAUUUACGUUCAUAUGUUGUCGGAACUCUUCUGAAAGUGUCAAUUUUUCAGCAUUCUCCCGAUAAAAUUUUUCAUUUGUCAGUGAUUGAUAGUGUUGUGUAAGAUAGAUACAAUAACCACAGAUGAUUAUUAAGAUAUCAUUGAUAGAGACGGCGGCCAUUAUGACCUCAUUGUCGCUUACUUCUUUUCACGCAAUGAUCAUGUGGGGAUCAAAUAGGGUCAAUUAUAACAAAGCGAAUAAAACAAACAAAGCAUGACAAAAAACACAAACUCGAACAGACCAAAAAACAGUGUUUUAGGGUUAAGGUAAAGUUAAGGCAUUUUCGAUUUGGCCAAACGUUUUAUAUAAACGUCAAUUUUGUAGACAGUGUCAGGAAGGCUUAUACCUAACACCUGAAAACAAGAAGGAAAAAAAUUAUCCUUGAACUUAUCACCCAUAAAACUGAAAACCUGAGGUCCGCGGAUUUUCUAAAACGGCACGUUACUUCAGACGUCGUUUAAAUCAUUAUCCCAAAACCUGAAUGCAUUUAUUCGAUUAUUAGGCUGUUUCUUUUAAGAUAUGAUUCGUGCAAUUGCCGAUAUGUCACAUCACAGACCCUCGGAAAGACGAUAUCCGUGACAGGACAUACACGAGUCAAAGCUUAUGUGACGUUGGAAAAAGUCAAAGGAACACUGUCAUCCGUGCAUGAUACCCUUGAAGCUCGCUUAAAAAUAAAAAUCAAGCUUCACACACGGAGAAAACCGCAAGAACUAUGAACGGAUGAUCGGCAGGGCGGAUGUCGUUUGUUGUGGGUGGAUCAAAGCAACAGUGUACAUACUAACUAACAACUUUUUUUGUUUUUACAUCAAUUUUUAAGACAUCCGGUUUUUUUUAUCCAAUUUCAGAGAUCGUUAAUGUCGCUCCGUGCGAGAGUAGACCUCCAGCUGAUUACAGGUUUUAUGCCAGCGGCCAGUAUGAUUAUGGUAAGAAUAUACAUAUGCUUGAAACUGAAAAAAAGUGUUUUUUUUUAUCAAGCAAAACGAAACCUUCAGGUUAGGUGACUAAAACAGCUAAAUACCACGAUUAGUUUUCCCUGUUAAAUAUAGAAAAACAAGAUCUAAUUCAGCUUUUUCGACUGAAAAUGACAAUUCACCCUUCCAGCGGAUUUCAAUGAUGAAGAAAAAGCCGCCAUUGUAACAUAUGUGUACUUAUCACGGUUAACUUCAUCGGCAAUAGCGAUCCCAGUGCAAUUGUAGGGAAUAGCCGUGAAGUAGAUUUUUAAAGCUGUUGGACUCUCUUGAAAACUCUGAUCUUAAAAUUAUCUUAUAUAAAUUAAAGGUUCACAGGCUUCCACAUCAAUGAUCUCUGUUGUAAUCUUUCAGCCAUGAAAUUCAAGGUAAUUUUGAUUGAAAAACGUGAAAACCAAGAGACGAUAUUCCAUGGGAAAGCCGCCAAAGUUUAUAAACAAGGUUAUGUUCCAAUCCACAAAGGGCGUGUGGAGAUCUGGAGUUAUACCAAUUCGACGUGCCCCUCUCUUAGGGCAGGGCGGGCAUUCCUUAUCAGUGGACACGAGGAUGCUCUCAGAAAAAAACUGCUCCUGUCGUCCACUAGCUUGAUAGAAGCCUGGAGCGGAGAGACAAUGCGCAAAGUGAGAAAGUGGCUCAGAAUUGAGAGCAAACUUGCCAUGCAAAAAAAUAGAAACAGGUAAGCUUAGCACUUGAUUGUUUUGACUUAACACCAAUAGUAGAUAGACCAGUGGAUAGGCAGGUAGAUAGACCAGUUCUCUGUCCGACUGCACCAGCAACAAUAAUAACAAACAAAAACCAACUUACGAAAAGACAAUAACACAAGAUAAUUAAAUGGUAACAGCAUGAAACAUGGCAAGAGAUUAUGAACAGUUUAUAAUGUCUUUAACAUGCCUAAAUUGAAUUGUACAUUAUAUAGUUUAGAUACAUUUGCCAACUUUCCCGUUUGCAGCUUCAGGCGAUAAUUUUGUAGCGUAAAUAUCUCAAUUUCUAAAUAAGUCUAUUUCUCUUGAGCACCGACAGCCAAUACCUUUAGGUUGAAAUUGAUUGACGCAUAUAAAUCAAACAUACAAACUGUAACUAACAAGAAACAGGCCCGCAGAAAGCUUGUCUGUUAUUUAAAUGAGUUACUUUUUAGCACCAGUUUUGUGUUGCACAUAAUAAAAAAUUCAGGGGACAUGACAUGAAAUCAUUGUCAUGAGCAUUACAUUCCUAAGACAUACUUUUCCUUUUUUCUCUUACAGUGUGCCAAACAAAGAGAUUCGAGAAAAACUGUGA